AUGGGGUUCCUCGAUGGGUUGGUGCUGCGAGCAAGCAAGUUUGGCAAGAGCCACGGCCUCCGCCCGUUGACGUCAAAGCGCGCGAACAAGCGAUUCUACAAGGGUAAGGGCUGCCGCAAUGAAGGUGUUCACGCAAAGUUGGGCGGGUACAAGGUCGACUUCGACAAGCUGCUCGACCUCCAAGUGCCAGACUUGACGGGGUUCAAGCUCAAGCCCUACGUGUCUCCGCUGGUCUCUCGCGUUCCCCCCAGCUAA